CCAGCUUAUCAUGGGCGCGUUUCUUUAAUUAUUCCUGCUUUUCUUUGCUUUACUGUUGGUUUAUGUGAUUAUUUCUUCACUGAUGAUUGUCCUCAAGGUGAUUGGCUUAAACGUGGCCUUCCUCCUAACAAACUGCCGAAGAAAACUGAUACAGAUGAUGCAAAUAAAAUUGUAACUGAUACAGAUUCUGAAAUGAAUGAUGCUGGUUUGAUCGCUUCACUUUUUGGUCUGAUGAAUUUAUUUUCACAUGCCUCUGGAGGUUUCCUUUCAGAUAUUGGUAAUGAAAAAAUGGGAAUUCAUGUUCAGCUGAAGCGUGGUGGUGGAAGUAUUGGUGAUGCAGUAUUUGCCGCAGUAUUCAAAAAAUUUCCUCAAAGUUCAAUGUCAUUUACUAUACUUGGAAUUUUGGUAAUGAUAGUAUCAUUUGCAUCAUUUUUAUUAAAGAUUGAAGGAAGGAGAUUAUUUGAAUUUAACCGAAAAAGAUAA